AUGGCUCUGAAAGUUCUCAUUUGUGGCGGAGGUGUUGCAGGUCCGGCAUUAGCCUACUGGCUCGCCCGAAUCGGUCACCAAGUCGUCAUCGUCGAACGUUUCCCUAUACUACGAGCUUCAGGGGCCCAGAUUGACCUUCGUGGGCAGGGCAUUGAAGCCAUCAAACGCAUGGGACUCAUCGACGUCGUUCGCCAAAAUCUCGUCGACGAAGCGGGCGUGUCCAUCAUCGAUUCCAAGGGGAAUGUCAAAGCCACGAUCCUUGCCAACAAGUCUGGCAAGGGUGCACAGUCUCUGACCUCUGAGUACGAAAUUAUGCGCGGAGACCUCGUGCACAUAUUACACGAAGCAACGAAGGAAAAAGUGAAUUACGUAUUUGGCAAAACGGUGAACAGCUUCAAAGAACACGACAAAGGGGUCAUUGCAUACUUCUCCGAUGGCUCGUCCGAUACAUUCGAUUUGCUCGUUGGAGCAGAUGGACAAGGCUCGCACAUUCGAAGGGACAUUCUACCCCCCGAUGCUCCUAAUGAAUACCACCAACUCGGAUUCCACUUGGCCUAUUGGUUCAUCCCAUGGGUUGAAAGCGACAACAACAUGUGCAAAGCAUAUCUCAGCCCGGGCGGCCGCAUGAUCAUGUCCAGAAGCCACAACAAGAUAGCCACUCAGGUUUACUUCUUGCUCAGAUCUGACUCCGAGGAGGCAUGCAAGAUUCCGAAAGCGCCGGUCGAGGAGCAAAAGCAAUUCUGGGCUGACAAAUUCCGCGACGCAGGAUGGCAGACCGAUCGUUUUAUCAAAGGAAUGGAAACUACAGAAAAUUGGUUCUGUCAGAACGCUAUUCAAAUCAAGUCUGAUACUUGGCACUCUGGCCGGGUUGUGCUUCUCGGCGAUGCCGCACACUGUGCUUCUCCACUGAGCGGCAUGGGGACCACAAGCAGCCUAAUCGGCGCCUAUAUUCUGGCCGGUGAGCUUGCUUGCAGUGACGAUCUCUCACAGGCUUUCCAAAAGUACACCCAAAAAAUGCGGCCAUUUGUCAACGAGGUUCAGCAGCUCAACAUUUCGUGGAUGCGGCGGGCUCUCCCCGAAUCGCAGUGGGCAAUUUCCAUCAUUCAUCUCUUUGUCGGACUGGCCUGUUUCCUUCGAAUACCAAAGCUUCUCUCGCGGUUUUCAAGUGACAGGGAUGGUUCCUGGGAGCUCCCUGAUUACCCUGAAUUGGAUGCUGAUCGUGAUCGGCCCGAGGUUGAAUGA